AUGCCCCGCCCAAUCCGCACCGUCAAGCCCCCCUCCGCACCAGCCGCGACCGGCAAGACCACAACCACAACCACAGCCACAGCCACAAAGAAGCCCACAAAGGCUACAGCAACCACAACCACAGCUACUACCACUACGAAAUCGCGCACAACCCGCUCAGGCACCAAGGACUCGCCCUCCACGCUGCCCACGCCCACCUCCGACGAACCCGUCAAGAAGACCCGCACGACGCGUCGCAGACCCUCCCACGCCCCCGCACCACCCCGCACCACGCGUCGCAAACGCACCACAGAGCCAGAGCCCUCCCUCCCGUCCAGAGAGUCCACGCCCGCGCGCAGCACUGCCUCAGCAGAAAUCCAAGUCCCCGCCUCCAGCAAUGCGGAGAACCACACCCCCACCUCCACAGCAACACCCACACACUUCCACUCCUCGCCCCCGCCCAUGCCCACCACCGCCACAACAGCAACAACGACAAAGCGCCUAAUGGUGCUCGAAUUCGGCUCCGACGCCGGCUACUCCCCGCCGCCGCCGUCGCGCCCCACGUCCGCGCAGCGCCCACGCCUGCGCGAGCUGCAGCCCCUCUCGCUGGAGCCCCUCGACGCCGUCGCCGACUCGGACGCUGAGACAGAGACGGAGGGCGAGAACCGAGACCCCCGCGCAUCGCCCACGCCCAAGCGCGGCCGCAAGGGCGGCUUUGCACCCGUGGAGCUGGAGGACGACGAAGAGCAGCAGGGUGGCAGGGCAGAGAUGUUCUAUAUCCCCGGCGCGGACGACGACGAGGCGUUUACAAUCUACUCGGACCCGAAGUCGCCCGUGCGCCUGCCGGCCAACAACAGCGCCAGCGCCAGCGCGGUGUUCGACGACACUAUGCGCCCGCCAGAGUCGUCCCCGCCGCCGGCGGCGCAGGGGAGGAUGCGGAAGCGCCGCUCGUCCGGCGCCGUGGUCGACAGCGACGACGAUGCUGCUGCCGAAGCGGAGGCGGAAGACGAGGCUGAAGCCGCAACAGACCGCAAGGGGAAGCGCAGAAAGGCCGCCGAGAAGGCAAAGGCAGCAAAGACCAUGACAACAGCAGACCUGCGCGGCCUGCUGCCGCGGCGGAAGAAGGCGGUUAGGGCGGAGAGGGACGAGUUCGAUGUGAUCAGCACCUCGGAGGACGCGGUGGAGGACGACGACGACACGGAUGAGCUGUCGCGGCCGGCGACGCGGGCGGCGGCGGGGAAGAAGAAGAAGGCUGCUGCGGUAGCCUCGAAGGGGAAGAAGACGGCGGCGGCGGCUGCCGCCGCGGGGAAUGUGAAGACGAAGGCGCAGAAGACGACGACGGCGACGACGCUGUCGGGGAGGGUGUCGAAGACGUAUGCGCGCAAGUCCAUCUCGUCUGAGAAGGAGAACGACUCGCCGAACAGGAAUGCGGCGGUUGCGGUUGCGGCGGCGGUCGCGGCGGAGAGUAGUGGGGAUGAGACGGUUGUUCCAGGGGGGGUGGCGGGUGGGAGGAGGAGGGCGGCGAGGAUGAGGGAGGUUGUGGAGAAGUUUAGGGAGGUGGAUAGGUGGGAGAUGGAGUUUGAGGAUGUGUCGCAGGGGAGUCUAGAGGUGAGUGAGGGGAGUGGUGGGGGGAGGUAG